CCUGAGCACUCGCCUCUCGCUCUCCGGUUCGAUGGCAGCUCCGCUCGUCACCCUCGACGAAGAAUGGCAGGAUUUCUACGAGCUGAAACCCGACCGAGCCGGGGGACGGGGGCAGCUGGAAGAGGAGAACCUGAACGAGUUGGGAUCGGUGAGAACGGCGGGAGUCUCCCACCUUGAAGACCUAAGCGAGCUGGAUAAUUUCACCACGGAAAUUAUGAGCUUCAAAUCCAUGGAGGAUCUGGUGAACGAUUUCGAUGAGAAACUCAACGUUUGUUUCCGAAAUUACAACGAGAAGACGGAGAAUUUGGCCCCGGUAAUAAAGCAGAUGGCGGAAGAGGAGGAAGAAUUAAUCAGGGAUGAUGAGAUCUGGGAUGCCCUAACUGACAACUACAUAACAAGCACAGCUGAGGACUGGAGGACAGCACGUCUUCAGGAACUCAAUAUGAACCUCUCCAACAUGGAGGUGAGUGACAAAGAUAGCAUCACCGAGGAUGGAGAGUUAAUUGAGAAGCUGGACAUCAUCGUGUCCUCUACAAGUGAGGAACCUCUCUUCACAGCCGAGCAGGUCAUUGAGGAGAUUGAAGAAAUGAUGCAGAAUUCCCCUGACCCUGAAGUUGAAGAGACUCCAUCACAAUCCGACAAGCUCUCUGUCCUCUCGCUGGAGGUCCAAGCAUUGAAACCACCCACCUGCAGUAACAAUAACAUUCUGACAGAAGAUGUGAAACUAAUGUCGGAGGCUGAGAUGGGCGAAAUGUUGGUGCAAAUUGAAUUAGCCAUUAAAGAUUAUUCAGAGGAGCUGAUACAGCAACUGGCAUUGCGUGAUGAGCUAGAGUUUGAGAAGGAAGUGAAAAACAGCUUCAUCUCCAUCCUCAUUGAGGUGCAAAACAAGCAGAAGGAACACCGGGAAUCAAUGAAGAAGAAAAAGAAGGACAAAGGUGGAGUUCCACCAAGCAUCCGACAGGAGAAAGCAAACCGCAUGCCUGUGAAGCGCUUCAGCAUGGAAGGAAUCUCCAGUGUCAUCCAGAGUGGCAUUCGGCAGACCUUUGGAAACUCCGGCAAUGAAAAACAGUACCUAACUACAGUGAUUCCUUAUGAAAAAAAGAGCACUCCUCCAACUGUUGAAGAUCUUCAAAUACUGACCACAAGUGAGUAA